AUGGGUAGAGUUAUUCGUAACCAGAGAAAGGGUGCUGGCUCCAUUUUCACCUCUCACACCAGAUUGAGACAAGGUGCCGCUAAAUUGAGAACUUUGGACUAUGCUGAACGUCAUGGUUACAUCCGUGGUAUCGUGAAGCAAAUUGUUCACGAUGCUGGUAGAGGUGCCCCAUUGGCUAAGGUUGUCUUCCGUGACCCAUACAGAUACAAGUUGCGUGAAGAAAUCUUCAUUGCCAACGAAGGUGUUCACACCGGUCAAUUCAUCUACGCUGGUAAGAAGGCUUCUUUGAACGUUGGUAACAUUUUGCCAUUGUCUUCUCUACCAGAAGGUACCAUCGUUUCUAACGUGGAAGAAAAACCAGGUGACAGAGGUUCUUUGGCUAGAGCUUCUGGUGGUUAUGUUAUCAUCAUUGGUCACAACCACGAUGACGGUAAGACCAGAGUUAGAUUACCAUCUGGUGCUAAGAAGAUCAUCUCUUCUGGUGCUAGAGGUGUCGUCGGUGUCGUUGCCGGUGGUGGUAGAACCGAUAAGCCAUUGUUGAAGGCUGGUCGUGCUUACCACAAAUACAGAGUUAAGAGAAACUCUUGGCCAAAGACUCGUGGUGUUGCCAUGAACCCUGUUGAUCACCCUCACGGUGGUGGUAACCAUCAACACAUUGGUAAGGCCUCUACCAUCUCCAGAGGUGCCGUUUCUGGUCAAAAGGCUGGUUUGAUUGCUGCUAGAAGAACCGGUUUGUUGCGUGGUUCUCAAAAGACUCAAGACUAG